AUGGCGUUUGCUGUUGCUUCUCUGCGUAGUGUCGCAAGAAGACGGUGGGGUCUUGCUGCCACGCUACAGCAGGUCUCUGGGCCAGGACGACUGACGGCUGCUCCGUUCUCCUCGGCAGUCCUUAGCAACCAUUAUGACACUGGUUCUCUUCUUCGAUCUCCCACUCCAGACGAUGUGAAUGCCUUUCGAGAAAUGCUGGGACAGAGUCCUGGAAGUGUCUUGACCAGUCUCGAAGAUGUAGAAUCUUACAAUACCGAUUGGACGAAACACUACCAGGGAACAUCUUCUCUCGUCUUGCGCCCCAAAUCCACCAAAGAAGUAUCCGACAUUCUCAGAUACUGCGACGACCAUUACUUGGGAGUCGUCCCACAAGCCGGUAAUACUGGUUUGGUGGGUGGGAGCAUCCCUGUCGCAAGCGCACCCGCACAAGAAGUCAUCCUUUCUAUUGAACGAAUGAAUCAAAUCACUUCCUGGAAUCCCACCACAGGAAUUAUCACUGGACAGGCCGGGGGGAUCCUCCAAGAUUGGCAAGACUAUGCACAACAAAAGGGUGUCAUGAUACCCGUCGAUCUGGGAUCCAAAGGAUCUUGUCUCAUUGGGGGCACCGUCAGCACCAAUGCGGGAGGACAGUACUAUGCUAGAUACAAGAGUUUGCAUGCCAAUGUGGUUGGACUCGAGGUGGUUUUGGCCGGUGGAGAAAUCUUGAGGCUCAAUCUGCAAGAAACAACAUCCAACAACAAUGACAAAGAAUCGAAAAAUAAUACAGUCCUUUGCAACUUGAAAGACAACACGGGUUAUGAUUUGAAACACUUGUUUAUUGGAGCAGAGGGAAGCUUGGGGAUUGUCACUAAGGUUGCCCUGUGGUGUUCUUCGGCCUACCCCACAUCUCGGUGUGCCGUAUUGUGUGCUUGUACAUCCCUCGAACAAGUCCAGGAAUGUUUGCCAGUGGCGAGACGUGUAUUGGGAGAAACAUUAGCGGCAUUUGAAUUCAUGGACCAAGCCGUGACGGAAUUGGUGGCCGCCAACUGUAGUGGUUCCAUCAGUGGAAUGAUUCCCCAACAACAGAGGGCAAUGACGACAAUUCAUUUUAUCCAUAUUAUAGCUUUUUGA